AUGACUCGGUUCAAAAAUGCCAUCAAGAACCUGCAGAUGAUCAUCGUCCGCAUCCCUCUGCUGCUCCAGACGAUUCUGCUGCAUGCCAUCAAUAGGUCGCCCGUCGCAGGGAAACAAGACCUCCGGACGGAGCUGAUUACAGUCUUGAUUCGCUCCUUCAUCACCAGGGAUAAGCCACUUCUCAAAGUACAAGAGGGGAGUCUUCGGGACCCUGGCAUCAAAGGCCCCAUGUGGGUGUCCAAGGUCACUCUGCCGCAACCGGAAUUCGAUGUCCGCGAUGCUGUGCUCCGCGCCAUCAAGGACCUGGGGACCGGCGACGAAGUAUUCGACGUCCCCGGGGUGACCGCAGUCGAGGCCGAAUGGACUGGAUAUCGCAGCGGAGUGGGCAAAUCGGCUACGUUGCCCGAUAUCUCUGAAGAAGAGAAAUAUCGCGAGCUCAGAAAGGACGUCACGUCAGAUAUCACGAUCUUAUAUCUCCAUGGAGGCGCCUACUUCCACCGAGUGCCCGUCGCACACUUAUGCAAGCGCACAGGAGCGCAAGCCCUCUCAGUCCGCUACAGACUAGCUCCGCAGAACCCCUUCCCUGCUGCUCUAGUCGAUGCUCUCACAGCCUAUCUCUCCCUCAUCCACCCACCCCGGGCUCCCUGCACGAGCCCGUCCCCGCCAACAAGAUCGUCAUCGCUGGCGACUCUGCAGGCGCGAACCUCACCCUCGUCCUCCUCCAGACUCUCCUCACUCUCAAGCGUGCAGAUCACAAGAUUCGCUUCCAUGGCGCAGACGUCCCCAUCGAGCUCCCCGCCGGCGCAGCCGUACGACUACCUGGACAUCCGCCUGCAGCAAACGCAACUCCCCGGCGAGGCGCUGGACACCAGCAUCCCCUUCGACCCCAUGCCUUUCCCCUCUGACUCCAUCUGGCCCGUUUCGCCGCCGCGGGUCGAGAUCUUCUGCGCCACCAACAUGCUGCUGCACCCGCUCGUCUCGCCGUUGAUCGUGAAGCCGGAGCUGUGGCGUGAUUGCCCGCCUGUCUUCAUCUCUGUCGGCGAGGAGUCGCUGACGGACGAGGGCUUGAUUACCGCGCGUAGAAUGCAUCGGGGCGGGGUCUCGGUGGUGGCGCAUAUGUUUGAGGGGAUGCCGCAUUGUCACGGAAUGAUUAUGAUCGAUACACCCGUCGGGAAGCAGUUCUUUACUUCUUUGGCGCAGUUUGUGCGGGAUGCGGCCGCGGGCCAGGUUACGGCGGAAGGGUCUUUGACGCAUUGGGGAUUCGGGCUGAAGAAGGUUGAACGUAUUGCGUUGGAGAAGGUGUGCCACGAGAUCAGUGAGGAGGAGGUGGAGGAUCGGAUUGCGACGUCGACGAGGUGGAGGCUGGAGAGGGAGAAACAGUUGCAUGCGGAGUGGCGGGAGCGCGCGCGGUUAUGA